GAAGAUUUAUGCAAGUGAAUGUGUUGUCCCACACCUAGCGGCAGGUGUGAAUAGGUGUGGAGCAGGAACUUGCUUGUGGCAUUAUGGUGUAGGAGCUGCCUCUCUCCCUGUACAGAAAGGUAUGAGAUGACCUUCACUCCCCUGUCCAUGCAGCCCCAAGCUUCUCUGCAGGAGACUCUGAAGAAUAGCAGUUGUCACGUUGGUCAGUGAUUGCAUCAGGUAUUAGCGUUUUAGUAAGGCUUAUCCAAAACAGUGAGUAGGUGCCUGGGUGUUUUGGUCCCUCGUCCACCCCAUUCACCCUGCAUGAAACCCCCAUUCUUCACUGUCUGGAAGUGCAGAGGCCCAAGACUUAUUCUAACCCUGCGCUCAGCCUCCUGCAUUACAGACCCGUGUGGUGUGUUAGUGUCAGCCCCUCUCCUUUCUCGCUUGCUGCAGGCAGCUCAGGGGGGUUCCCACGACGUGUGCUCUCCUGAUGCUGUGUGUGAGCAGGUUGCUGUGUGGAAGCUGGGCGAGCCUGGCCUAUCGCAGUGUGGGCUCGAGCUUUAAAAAUGCAUUGACGUUUUUAGUUCAGCUGGGCUGUGGUGACCUCCUCCUGUGCCCCAGCUGCAGAAGGGGGAGAUGGGUCUGGCUGAGGAGCAGGAGGCAGCCGUGGCUGUUGUGGUGCAGCGGUGGUGACAGGUGACAGCAGCUGGCUGCUGCAAGAGGAGCCCAGCGUGAGGGUGGCACCACCUCUCCAAUAAGGGACAGCAGGAGCUGCUGGGUCAGUUCUGGGUUAAUCAGUUGGCACGGAACAGGAUAAGGACAGAUGGAUUUUUUGUCUUUUCUCCGUUUUGCAAUGAACUAGACAGUGACAGUGUGGAAGGUACAAGGCUGAUCAGGGAACCGUCCAGAGCUUGUGAGCAACUUGCUGCACCAGAACUGUCCUUUGGAGACCCCUCUGGCUGUCAUGGCUGUAUCUCAUGAGGCUCAGGGACUCCACAGGUCAAUGCUGGCAGCUUUGUGGGCACUCCUUCAGGUUGUGGCGGGUGUAGAGCCUCUCUCAGAGCCCAGACCCGUGGUGGCUGCUCCCCCCCCGUCCCUGCCAGGCUCCCUGCCACGCUCACCCCUACGGCCUCCGUAGUGUCCCCUGGGUGUUCUGACGGCCUGGUGCUGAGGGUGAGGGGUGGGGCUGAGAGAUGAGAAGGGGCCGAAGCCAGGAUGGAGCUGCUCGGGGACCGCGUGGCUGCGGGAAGUCCUUUGUCCCCAUCAGCCCCCGCUUGGAGGGAGGGUCCCCUCGUCCUGCGCGUCCCGCUGCGGGGCAGCCCCCAGCCGGCUGUCCCACUCUGUCCAGUGUAUCCUCCCGGUUCCGUUCGCAUUAAACCACUGUGAAGCCAAGUCUCCGCCUCGUCCUGCGGGCAGCGGGGCGGGUGGGGGGGUGCGGGGUGGGGCAGCGGGAGGGCCUCCCGCGCGGCAGGGGGCGCUGAGCAGCGCGGAGAAGCACGGGCGGCCUCCCCGCCGCCAGGCGCUCGCGCGGCGGAAAGAGCGCGAUGUCGCGGCAGGAGUUGAGGCGCGGCUCCCCGAAGCGCCCCGACCCGCAGCGGGACGGAGGCGGCUCGCCGCUCUCCCCGCUCUACCGCAGCUUCUUCGAGGAUGAGUGCCGCACCAUCGCCGCCCGCCUGCUCACGGGCUCCGGUCCAGUCACCUCCACGCCCCUCAAAUCCUCGCCGCCCCCCGCCGCGGGCAGCCCGUCCGGAUCCGCUUUCCUCGGUCGCUCCCGCGGGGCUUCGCGGCGCCUCGUUUUGCCCCGUGCCUUGGGACGCUUCCGCCCGCAGCCCCGCAGGGUCGGGCAGUUCCUCCCUGCCCGCUCCCCGGGCCGCGCUGCUGGAAGGCCGUCCCCGGCCCGGCGGGCAUCCGUGGGGGCUGGCGGAGGGGCUGGCAGAGGGGCUGGCACGGGGCCCGGUGUCCCCGCUUCCAAGCUGCCCGUGCCCCUAGCAGGUGCCAAGCUGAAGACGAUGCCGGCUGCCAAGUCCAGGCUGCAGCAUCCCACCAGCAGAGCCUCGCAGCUGGCUCUGCCGUCCGCCGGGACCAGGGCUCCUCCCCACCGGGACAAAGCGAUGGAAACUGCUGGCAAGGCUGGGGGCCGCAGACAGCCCCCUCAGAGGCUUCGCACCGGGAUUCCUACCGUGGUUUCUCGCUCCCGAUUGCAGCCAGCGGGAAAAGUGGCACCUUCCUCCAAGCACACUUACCUAGGUUGUACUUCAGAAUCGACUUCUCAGGAACCGGUGUGCAAUAGGACCCGAGAGCUGAUGGAAAAUGAUAAAGCUGACCAGAUGCGGGUGUGUGUGGGGUCCCCUUAUGUCAGUGCACUGCACCCUUGCCCUGCUCCAGGCUGUGGGAAUGCAGCCUGUGCUGCGCAGGGCAUUUUGCUGCAUGCUUUACAUCCUCGUUGGUGCUCAGGGCACUGCAGGCUUCUGCUCAGUUAAUUUCUAAGGGACUUUUGAGACAUUCACUCCCAUAUGGUUUGUAUCACGGUCACUUUUAUACAUCCUGACAUUUUGGAUG